AUGGCCUCACCUUUUCUCUCUCCAUACGCAGUAGGCGAACCAGACACAGACCCGCUCCUCAUCACCGUCCGCUUCUCCGCCUCGAUCCCCGACCUCCAACUAGAUGUCACAGAUCCGGAGACCACGACAGGCGCAGGUCUAAAGCAACUAAUCCGAGCCGAACUCCCCAAAACCCUAUCAUCUCACCGACUACGCCUCAUCUACUCCGGCCGCGGUCUCGAAGAUACGGCCGCAUUAACAGUCUCACUAAAGCUCCCGCCACCACCAAGCCGGAGCCCUCACCCCACAGCAGACCAGCCUGACACACUAGACGACAAUGGCAAGGGCAAGCAGGCGGUGCACGAUACCCGCCCACGUCUCUACAUCCAUUGCUCGAUCGGUGACAUCGCACUCUCAGAACAAGACCUAGCCAGUGAAGCAAGCGUGGCAUCAACAGCCCUUCUGCAACAGAAGCAGCAGCAAGCCCACGCAGGCAAGAAAUCUCACGCCAAGGAUGCUUCAUCUCUACUCCCAAUAUCUGAACAACCGCGCCGCCACUCCCAAACCCAACCCCAGUCAACUACCACCACACCUGCACCCCGCGGCUUCGAUCGCCUCCUCUCGGCGGGCUUCACAGCAGCUGAGGUCACCGCUCUGCGCUCCCAGUUCCUGGCCAUGCAGUCCGUAUCCAGGACGCCGGAUACUAUGCCUACUGGUGACCAGCUGCGGGAUCUUGAGGACCGCUGGAUGGAUGAGGGGUCGACGGCAGCGCAGGUGCAAGGUGGGGAAGGGGGUGGGGUUGGGGAUGAUGAGGGCGGGAUUGGAUCUGGGUCGCGUGGGGCGAUGGAUGAUAUGCUUUGGGGGGCUGUUAUGGGGUUCUUUUGGCCUGUUGGUUGUGCGAUGUGGUUGCGCAGAGAGGAAGGAGUAUGGAGUUGGAGGAAGGGGGUUGCUGUUUGUGUCGGUGUCAUUGUUAAUGCUGCUUUUGGGAUGAUGAAAAUCAUGAACUGA